AUGGGAGACAAAGUUGUCUUGGGAUAUUGGGCUAUCAGAGGUCUUGCUUAACCAUGUAAAAAUACAAUCACUAUUUAUAGUGAGAUUCUAUUUGGAGUACCUAGGAUUACCAUAUGAGGACAAGAGAUAUUACAAACCUGAAGAAUGGUUUGCGGAUGUCACUUCUGCCCCACUCAAUCAACAUGUCCUAGCGAAUUUACCCUACAUAUAGGACGGAGACGAAUUAGUUUUUGAGAGCCAAGCACUCUAUGUUUAUUUGGCUUACAGAGCCAAUAAACCAGAGUUAUUAGGUCAAAAUCCAAAGGAAUAGGUCGCUCUGGCAUCCGUUAGAGGAGUUCUGUAAGACUUGUUCAAAGGUCUGAUUGCAUUAUUCACAAUCCCUGAAGAUCAAUUUGAAGCAAAGAAGGAGGAAUAAUUCAAUCAAUUGGUCUUCUGGAUAGCUGAGAAGCUUAGUAAAUUCUUGGAGAAUCGUAAAUGGGCUGUGGGAGACAAUUUGACUUACAUUGAUUUUCAACUUUUUGAAGCAGAGGAAAUUUUAAGAAAUUACAAACCAGAAGCAUUCGCAACUCUUGUGGGAUUGAAGAAUCAUAAUGAGAGCUUUGCAAAUUUGCCAGCCAUCAAGAAUUACCAAGCUUCUGAUAAAAUGAUUGCACGUCCAUUCUAUCCACCUGGAAUGUAUAGAUGGGGUUGAAUAGAG